CCAUAGUUUUGUUUCAUCCCAAGGCAACCUCCACAAAAGAUUCCGCGACCAAUUCCCCUCCAUUUAUUUCACUACCGGGUACCGGGUCUCCCGGUUACUCUCAUCAGAUAUUACGCCCCCUCUCCCACCUCUGGACCCCACCAUCUUCCCGGCUUCGUCCGAACUUCCCAGCUCCCUGAAUAUCCAAAAGAAGUUUCUUUCAACGACCAGAGGAAGAGAAAGAUUUUUUGUUUUCUUUUGGAUAUAAAAAAGGGUAACCAUCCAAAAAGGAAGAAACAAGAAAAACAUAAUAGGGUCUCCAAUAACACCACAAAACGAGAGAAGUAGAUCGUUGAUGGACGACUUGUUGGGCCUGCUGAGGAUUCGAGUCAAACGGGGCGUAAACCUUGCCGUUCGUGAUGUCCGAAGCAGCGAUCCUUACGUUGUUGUUAAGAUGGGCAGACAGAAAUUGAAAACUCGUGUGAUAAAUAAGGAUGUUAAUCCUGAGUGGAAUGAGGAUUUAACUCUUUCCAUAACAGAUCCUAGUCAACCAAUCAAGCUGACUGUGUUUGACCAUGACACAUUUAGCAAGGAUGACAAAAUGGGAGAUGCAGAGUUUGACAUCAGGCCAUAUAUGGAAGCCUUGAAAAUGAAUUUGGGAGAAAUCCCAAGUGGAACCAUAAUAUCAAGGGUGCAACCAGGCAGGAACAACUGCCUGGCUGAAGAGAGCGCCAUUUAUUGGAUGGAAGGGAAGGUUGUCCAAGAUCUUUGCCUCAGAUUGAGAAAUGUGGAGUGUGGUGAAGUGGAAAUUCAACUUCAGUGGAUUGACCUUCCUGGCUCCAAAGGUUUAGGAAGUUCAUGAAAGCUGUUUUGUCUGGCUUCUGUCUUGAAUGUUCCACGGCAGGUUCCAGAUCUUCCACUACCGGAUGCCUUGUGAGUUUCAUGGUGAAGUUGGUUUGUUCUUUGAACAGUUGAGUAUGUAGUCAAAUCUAUCAGCUAGUAUCUGAAUUGUGGCUCAUAUAUAGGAUUGAACAAAUUUUGGUUUGUCUCAUCACGGAUACCCAGUGAAGUAAUUACUGUGUGUACAAAGUAACUUACUGAACUUUAAUGGUCUUUGCCAGAAGCUAUACCUGUUCAAAGGUUCUUCAAUAUAUAUUUAACCAAGCUUUUUCAUAUCAAA